CUUUCUGUGAGAGUGACCCUCUCGUCGUCCGUUAUCUUCUCGGGAAACACUGACAAGUGAGAGGAACCGUGUUUUGCACAAAGGUCAUCUGGAGGUUGUCGAAUUUCUCCACAAAAGUGCAAACCGUCGCACCGGUAGGAAGCAAAAUCCUUGUUCAUCCUCUCGACUCGUCUAGUCAAUACAACAGAACAAAAUGGGCCGCAAAUUCUGCGUUGGUGGAAACUGGAAGAUGAAUGGCGACAAGGCCAGCAUCACCGACCUGUGCAAGACCUUGACCACUGGACCGCUCAGUGCUGACACCGAGGUCGUCGUCGGAUGCCCGGCCCCUUAUCUGACCUUGGCCCGCUCCCAGCUGCCGGACAGCGUUGGAGUCGCCGCCCAGAACUGCUACAAGGUGGCCAAGGGUGCCUUCACCGGUGAAAUUUCGCCGGCCAUGCUGAAGGAUUUGAACAUCGGCUGGGUCAUCCUGGGACAUUCGGAGCGACGUGCCAUUUUUGGCGAAUCGGACGAACUGAUUGCCGACAAGGUCGUGCACGCUUUGGCCGAGGGCCUAAAGGUCAUCGCUUGUAUCGGUGAAACGCUGCAGGAACGCGAAGCUGGUCAAACUGAGGCCGUGUGCUUCCGCCAGACCAAGGCCAUCGCCGACAAGGUCAAGGAUUGGAGCAAUGUUGUGAUUGCCUACGAGCCGGUUUGGGCUAUUGGAACCGGUAAAACUGCCACUCCGGAACAGGCCCAGGAAGUACACGCUGCCCUGCGAAAAUGGUUCACCGAUAAUGUUUCGGCCGAUGUUGCCGGAGCCAUCCGGAUCCAGUACGGAGGAUCGGUCACUGCUGCCAACUGUCGUGAAUUGGCCGCUAAACCCGAUAUUGAUGGUUUCCUGGUUGGUGGUGCUUCGUUGAAGCCGGAGUUCAUCCAGAUUGUUAAUGCUAGGCAAUAAGCACGAUAAACCGGUUCGAACUCUGCAAUAGGUGAAGCUUAUCAAUCACCGCCAUUUCUCACUCUCUCGGGGCAUUUCGGAAGUUCGGAGCGUUCAAGCCUCAAACACGAAUGAAUAAUUUAAAAGUAUAGGCGAAUUAUCAUGUAAGUUGAGAAAAUGAAAAACAAGUGUAAUCAGUGUAAUCACUGCUAACUGAAACGUAAACAAAAUAAAUGAAAAAAAAAACAUGUUUAGCAGUUA